AUGAUACUACUGAGACAGAACAAUCUGAACCAAUUUGAGAGGGCGCAGGAUUUGGGGAGGUUAAAACAAUUGCAGGAGGAAGAAGAAGAAGGAAAAAAGCUAAACUCAAAAUUGCAGAGUGUAAAGUUACUAGAUAUUAAGAAGGAGGAAUUCAAGACCAUUUCCAUACCGUUGGUUUUAUAUUACUUUUUUAAAUAUUAUUCUGAGUUUAAUUUAAAAAAUGGAAGAGAGAAUUUGCAAUAUUCAUUAGUCAUUGAUGGGGAUGUGUACCUGGGCUAUGAGGUGACACCCUUCAUCGUUGUUUUGGUUAGGGAUGACCAUGGAUGUGAUGAAUUCGUUUUAAAUAAAAACGACUCAACUAAUGUAGAUGUAUGUUUAACAGAAAAGUUUUCCAACAAAGUGUAUGUAACAAAAUGCGAAGAAAGUAAUAAGAGCGAUAUUUUACGAAAGUCUAUUCCUAUAAGAAGUGUGCACCAUCCUUUUGAACAGAAUGAUAGCAAUUAUAGUAGUAGCCACUCCCUCAAUGUCGAGGAAGUUUUGAGUGGAAAAGAUGAAAUGCGCAGGAAGGAGGUACCAAAUGUGCAUAUGCACGAUGGGAAUCUUCCUAAUGCACUUAUAGAUGGAGUAGAAAUGGCUGAUUGUUACUCCGGCUGCUAUUACGUAGAUGAAUUCAGAUCGUACCUAUUUGUUAUGUUUGAUGAGUUCAGCCAAAAAAUGAUAAUAAGCGCAUUCCCAGUGGAAAAGUAUGGGUUCGAUAGAAGCAAACGUUUUGUUCUUAGAUUCAGUGAGUACGAAGAUUUAAUAAGGAAGGCCAUGGAAAAAAGGAGAACUGAUGAAAAUGGUUCACCAUUAUUUUAUGUACAUGGGGAUAGUUGCCCAAGUGAGAAGGUGAAGGAUAACAACAAAGGGAAAGACAUUUUAGAAAAACUCUUCCGUAAUUAUUUUUUUUACCUAAGAAGGGAGUUUGCCUUUUUUGGGAAGGACACAAUGCUAGGUGAAUGUGCGUCGACAGAAGGAUGCGGAAAUAAUUUUUUUGGCAGCGGGGAAAACAGAGACAACAAUGAUAAUUCGAGUGGGUAUAGCAACAACGGGUACAAUCACAACGGGUACAACCACAACGGAUACAACUCCAACGGAUACAAUUCCAACGGAUACAACAGCAAUAGUGAUAACAACGGAGACUACAACAACAGCUAUUAUAAUAGCGGAAGUAGCAACAACGGAGACAACAACAGUGGCGGUAAUAACGGUGGAAAUAACAACAACAAUAACAAUAACAAUGGAAGCGACGAUAAUGAUGACAACGAUGAGAACGAUGACUGCAAUGAAAAUGAAGAUAGCAACGAAAACGAUGAGAGCCAUGAAAAUGAGGAAACCAACGAAAAUGAGGAAACCAACGAAAAUGAGGAAACCAAUGAAAAUGAGGAGUACAAUAGUAAUAACGAAAACAAUAGCAACGAUAACUACAAGUUUGUGGAUAACUACGCCUGCAUGGAUUUGGACGCGAAGAAGGGGUUAAGUGGGGAGUUCUUAAAUUGCAGCAAGUAUACAAAUAAUACUAAUAAAAGUGAAGUUAGCACAAAUUAUUUUGAAAAUAGCUGUAACAUUAGUGCGAACAAUAGUAACAGCGGGUGUUACGAAGAGAGCAGUAAUUUAUACUUAAACAAUGAGGAGGGAAUGACGCUUACAAGUAUUCACCUUCAAAAUGGGCAGCGUCUUAAUGGGGAUGAUAGCGUAGCGCUUUACGACAAUAUCGGAGGAGGAAGCAACUUAGAUCAAGAAAACACAAAUAGUGAUAAUGUGUAUAAUAAUAUUCGCAGUUAUAUGGAAAACUACAUGGAUAAUAACAAUGUACAUAUAAUAAAUGCUUGUAAAAGAGAUUCUUGCAGCACCAAUGAAGAGCAGAUUUCUAACAAUUCCCUGAAUGAUAGUAUCAAAAUGAAAGAUGAAAUUUUGUACAAUGCGAACGACUUGGUGUACCAUAGUGAGGGGCUAAACGUGAAGGACGAAAUGAACGAACCAUACGAGCCGAACUUCCUGUCUCAUAAGAGGAGCAGCCUAGAUGUUGAUUACAAACAUUUGGACACGGGAGUGCAGAAAAAAAUUAACAAAAAAAGAAAUAAAACCAAGUUGGAAAAGAGCAAUAAAAAUCUGGAAGAUGAAAAGAAAGAAGUUCUCACUAAGGUGUCCCAAAUAACCAGAGUGGGUGGAGUAUGCUUCGAUAAGAAUAGGCAGAGAUGGAUUGCACACUGGAAAAUUGAUGGAAAAUAUCAUAAGCAUUAUUUUCCAAUAAGUCAGUACGGAUUUGAAAAUGCACGAGAGAGAGCCAUCAGUUGUAGAAAGCAAGCAGAGAAGCUUUUCAACUUGCCAGAAAUACAACCACGAAGUAGAUGGAACCAAGUCAAAACGAAUGGAACUUCUCACAUUAAGAAGGUAGCCAAGUUACCAAGAUGCGAAGGAGUUGCGUAUGAUGAGUUGUCACAGAGUUGGGUUAGUACCUUUGUUGUACAUAAAAAGUUUUCCAUCGAAGACUUGGGUUUUUACGAAGCUAGAGAUAAAGCCAUUUACUGCAGGAAAGCUUUCGAAAAGGUAAACAUACAUGACGAUUAUGAAAUUUUGCUCAAAGAUAGACUAGGAAUAAGUAAUGAGGAAAAGGAAGAACUGGGUGCCCUUUUCAACAUUGAUAAAAGUGCACUGGAAAAAUUAGACGCGCCAAAUAAUGUUGGGGGGGAGACUAAGGUAAAGAGCAAAGUGGAGAAAAUAAAGGUGAAGGAUAACAAUGACUACUCGUUAGAGAGUAGCAAUGGAGAAAAUAUGAAUGGCGGUGGUGCCUACCCGGAUGUCAAAAUAUCCAACGAGCAGUAUUUAAAAAUAACGCAGGAAGCCAUCGAAAUGAUUUUAAGCAACAUAAAACAUAAGUCUCUACCGGAGAUUAAAAUGAAACUAAUUAACAAAGAGAAAUUUGAGAAUUAUAACACCCUCCUGGAUAAGCACUUCAAAUUUAUUACAUCAGUGAAGAAUAUAUCGCAGCUGCAGCCGUACAUAUCCCUUUUCCACAAAUUUAUUAUUUACCAUACACUUCCUCAUAACAUAUCCUUAAGGAAGCAGCUGUUCAUUAUUGAGGCGUUAGAGUGGUCUUCCUUUUUUUCAGGGGCAGCUAGCCAGAAGGUUGACUAA